CCCCGUAAAGGAAGAGCAAAUCAUGCACCUAGCUAGCUUCCUCUCUAUUUCACUCCCCCAGCAGGCAACUUAAUAGCUAGCUGCUUCCACAAAAUCUUCUCAAAUCUCACUUCUCUUUCCAUAGUCGUAAGAAUUAUGAACAUCACUCAAUAUCCUUCCAUGACACUUCUCUCCUUCCUUUCUCUCUUCGUCUUCUUCUUGCUCAUCAUCCCCUCCUUAAUUUCAGCCCAGACCUGCCAAAGAACAUGCGGCAAACAAAUCCUCAAAUUUCCAUUUGGCAGUGAUCCUGGCUGCGGUGACCCACGCUUCCAACAAUACGUCUCUUGCAACCAACAAAGGCUCACCUUAACCACUCACACCGGCUCCUACCCUGUGAGCACCAUAGACUACACAAACCAAGUCAUCUACAUCUCAGAUCCUUCCAUGUCAACCUGCUCCUGCACACAGCCAAGCAAAGGCUUCGGCCUAGACUGGAAUGCCCCCUUCACUUUUCACGACGACACCAUUUUUGCUUUAUUAGAUUGUUCCACCGCCUCCUCCCCCAUAUACACAUCCAAUGGUCUAAAUACCGACGGAAACGGCUCCAAAGCCCUGCUUUGCGCUAACGAGGGGACACCCAUUUGCAGUUAUUUGUAUUCUUGCAGGCCUAUUAGCACCAUCAACCUCCCAAUCUCAACGUGCUGCAUUUACGCUCCGAUGGAUCUUGGGCCGUCGUUUGAAAUGGAUUUGAAGAAGCUGCAGUGCACUUCAUAUACUGGAUUUUACAGCUUCAACGGCCAGGAAGGUAACCCCGAGAACUGGAACUACGGGAUUGCACUCAAAUAUAAGUUCAGCGUGAAUAAUGAUUACCCAAUCUCGUGUUCUCAGUGCGAGAGAAGUUAUGGAGUUUGUGGCUACACUGGAGCAUACAACUCUUUUAUCUGUAACUGUCCUAAUGGGCUCAACAUGUCAACGGAUUGUUUCUUCACGGCAGCCUAUAACAAUGGCUUGAGGCUUCUUCUUCCAUGGAAGAUUAAUGGGGCCGGGUUGAUCUAUUUUUUGGCAUGGUCAUUAGUUUGGGUUUUGUUGUAGCUUAUGCUUGGGACAAUGGGAUCCUCCAAAUCAAGAAUAAAAUUGUAAUGCUGAGAUUUCUCCGAGGCUAAGAAAAAAAGCCAAUGAAACCGGGCAUCUUCGGGUGGCAGACAAGUGUGCACAUUCCAGUGGACAGUAGUUUCAUCUGAUGUGUAUAUAAAAUGUUUCAAGUACGUAACAUCUUUAGUGCAUUUGGAAAAGAAUUAGAAUCGGAUAAAUUAAUCAAUUCCAUUCUAUCAUAUAAUCAUCACUGUUUAAGGCACUCAGCAAGUUUAAA